GAAGUUCGAAUUAUGUGUUGCAACUUUAAUUCAAUUGGAAGUGUUGGGAUCGAGGUUCCGAGGCGCCACGUAAUUCGUUGCAGUGGAGACGAAAAUACCCUCCGACGUUGAGCACAUUAAGUUGUAAUGAUGGUUAGGAUUCACUGGCCCUCAGUGGCCUAUGCCACCACCAGUGUGGGAGCCACUAUGAUGAAUGAGGUCUUCAUGUUCUACUACGUCAAGUUCUUCCUCAACUUGUAUCACAUUUCCGAAGAGUGGUUCAAUGUUGCACAGGUCAUCUUCAUGAUAUGGAACGCCAUCAAUGACCCUUUGUUUGGGUAUUGUCAAGACAAUUCAAACUUGGCGUGUGUGAGGAAGAGACGCCAUGCUGUGCUCUAUGGCGGACCUUUCUUUGCACUUUCAUUCCUGGUGCCCUGGUUUCCCUGGGGGAACUAUCAGCCUGGAAUUUCCAGCUGGCUUUGUGGGCUCCACCUGGUGGUAGCGCUAUGUUUUUAUGAUGCCAUGUUUACUUUUGUGCUGCUUGCUCAGUGUUGUAUUUUCACAGAAAUGUCAGGCAAGCACCAGGACAGGCUGAGACUGAUCAAGUAUGCACAGUUAGCAGCAUUUGCUGGUUCAGGCAGUGUUUUCUUCGCAAAUUUGUUUUCUGAUAAUUUGAAGAAAAUAGGAGAAUUUCAGUGUUAUACUAUGUUAAUUGCUAUGAUAGCCUUCCUGUGUAUGUCUUAUACUGGAAUUUAUGCAGAUACAGAAUAUGACUUGAAACCUAAUUCUCUUGACAGUCAGAACAGAACAGAUCAGGCUGCAAGAUCUUCUAAGUAUUCCAUGUUGCAGCUGACAUGGCAACUGCUGAGACAGAGGAACUUUAUCUGUUUUGUUUUAAUGAACUUUUGUCAAGUAUUACACAGAACAUUUUUGUUGAACUUUACUGCCAUUAUCACUGAUAUGAUGAUACCACAGGAAAUAUUGCCCAGUGUUUACAGAAGUGUUUUCUAUGGAUUUGUGACUGUGAUACCUAUGAUGCUGGUGCUAUUGGGAUCUCCUUUGGUGGCCAGGUUUGGUUCAUAUCAAAUUUUCAGGAGCUCUUUUGUGGUGAAAAUAUUUUCAUCUCUUUUCAUGUUGUUUUGGGGCAAAGACCACCUCUAUCUACUGAUGGUUUUCCUCAUAACAGACAGUAGUGUAACCAGUGCCACAUCCUCCUUGAUGAACAUGCCUAUGUCAGAUAUUGUGGAUGAAGACUCCAAACUGUAUAAUCGAGAGCACCCAAUAUCUUCCAUGGUCUAUGGUACAAAUGCUCUUGUGAUCAAGCCUGCCAUAUCUCUUGCCCCAAUGUUAGCAGUGGCCAUACUCAAUAGGAAUGGGUAUGCGGAAUACAAGCUUGGCAAACUACAUUCCGGAAUAGACCAACUCCAGAGCAGCAUGUUCUACCUGCUGUGUUUAAUUCCACUUACACUAGGUGUUCUACAGUAUGCAGUUUGGAGCAAGUAUACUCUUAGAGAUAGUCAUGAAGUCAUUCCACAUUAUUAUGAACAGGAGUGUACCAUUUAGUCACGGUACAAAUUUAUU